UCAUAUUCUCUGCUCUUAGAAGCUAUCAAAGGUUAUAAUAUUGAUUUAGAUCCACUGAAAUUCCUCAAAGGUCAUCCCAAUGGCUGGCCAACAUUACAGAUACGACUAUUGCAUGAGUUAGUGUAUACAGCUCGUAGACUUGGAGACCCUGCACUUGCUGUUAGGCAUAUGAAAUUUCUUCUUCAUACAAUGCAUGAGCAUCUGAGUGAUGCUGAGCUAUCGGACCUUGCUGGAGGACUAGACACAUUAUCAAAACAGUGCUCAGGAUCAGUGCCAUCUUCACCCAGCAGCCCUAAUGACAAACUAUCUCUACACUUCUUUCCUGAGGUUUCGCUGACCAAAAUGCCACUCGUAAG